CAGAGAACACAUUGAAUUUCUGCUGAAGCAAGGCCAUACAAUAGCUAAAACUGCUGAAAUUCUGGGAUGCUCCUCAUCAUUUCUGUACAAGAAGUCAAAGUUGCUGGGUAUACCUGUUAGAAGUAUGCUGUCUGCAAUAGAUGAUGGUGAACUUGAACAACAUGUGAGGCAACUUCAGAGCCAAUAUCCUAAUUCUGGAAAUGAGAUGAUAAGAGCCCUGUUGCGCGCACAGGGUGUGCUUGUUACACGGUCCAUGGUGCGUGAGAUGUUGACACGGGUGAAUCCUACUGCUGCUGCAAGGAGAUGGAGCCGGACAGUAGCAAGACGUGUUUAUCAUGUACCUUACCCCAAUAGUUUGUGGCACAUUGAUGGGAACAUGCGCCUCAUAAGAUGGGGCUUUGUGAUUCAUGGUGCAAUUGAUGGAUACUCCCGUCUGAUUACUUACCUCAACUGCAGCACAGACAAUCGUGCCACAACAGUGCUUUCUCAGUUUUUGAAAGCAACAUGCCUCUAUGCCUUACCAUCAAGAGUCAGAUCUGACCAUGGCGGUGAAAACAUCCUUGUGGCUUUAUUCAUGCAUCUAGUUCAAGGACUUGAACACAGAGGUUUCAUAACCGGACAAUCAGUUCACAAUCAGAGAAUUGAACGCCUUUGGCGUGAUGUGUUUUUGCAUGUGUUGCAGCAAUUUUACCUUAUGUUCUACUCCUUAGAGCAGGGGUUCCCAAACUUUUCCAUGACAAGGCCCCCCAAAUACCACUAGGUUCUGGCCAAGGCCCCCCUUUUCCAUGAUGUGUUAUUAAACCCAUCGACAAUACUACGGCAAAUGUAGAAAUAAAUAAAUAAAACAUUUAGGUGAACAUCCAUUAACCUUUAUUGGUGUUGUAAUAAUAACAUUUGUAUGUCAGAUCUUCAUAUAUGGUAAAUUAAUUUCAACAUCUUCAAAUCUGGUACAGUAAUUUCAACAUUCAACAUUCAACAUUGUAUCUUUGUGUGUCAAUGAAUGGAAAAGAGAGAGAUCUUAACGAGAGGGUGUGUGUGUGUGUGUGUGUGUGUGUGUGUGUGUGAGAGAGAGUGAGAGAGAGAAUAUCAACGGGAGGGCUGGGCCUGGUUGCAACAUUCAACACUCUGUGUGUAUGUGUGUGUGUGUGUGUGUGUGUGUGUGAGAGAGAGAGAGAGAGAGAGAGAGAGAGAAAAGAAGAAGAGAGAGCAUAUCAAUGGGAAGGCUGG